AUGACAUUCUCCUUCAAAAUAUACAAGGUCAACUACAACAAAUAUCAGAAUGCCAUGCUUAUUAACACUAUCAAGAGCGAUAAGCCUAAGAAUAAUGAUAAUUCUGGAGAUAGAUUCUCAGAUAAUGAACCCUUUGAAUUUGAUAAGUCAAGACCAACCAGAUGA